UCGCAGACCUAUCGACUAGCCGAAACCUUCAAUCAAACCCUUUCGUCUGCUCUUCGUUUUCAAUCGAAAUCGAACCAGCAAUAUCUCGAAGAUGAAUCUACUCAGGAACGCACUCAAAUCUCACCGUCCGAUUCGAGUCGAUCAACGAAACCUACGCUUCUCGUUGUUUCUUCGUGACUCGCCGAGACCUUUCUCGACCGAACCCCAACAGCCAAGUCAGGACACUUCCAAAGACCCAUUUCUUCGAACCCCAAGCACAGGUUUGGUUUAUGGGAAGUUGUUUGGCAUUACAAAACAUACAACAAAGAGUGAUAUUAUCAGUUUGCUAGAAGGGUGUAACGUGAAUUUGGAUGAUAUGAAAGUUGACUACAAUAGAACCUAUAUGCCAACUGGAAUGAUGAUUCAGUUUCCUUCUCGGUAUGCCUAUGAUGCUGCUAUCAGGGCGAUUAAUCGGAAGGGUCGCUUAUAUAAACUGGAGAGGGCUGAUCGGUCCCAGUGGGAUUUUAUUACACCCUAUGGUGGAAAAUCUGUGUUACUGCAAGGAAUCCCUAGGAAUGCACGUCUAGAUGACGGGCGGUUCCUUUCAGGUUGUCUGUAUGACUCAUCCACAAUGCAAAUAGUUGUCAAGCCAGCAUUCCCGGACCCGAUUAGAAUGGCACUUGUACACUUCCCAUCACAGACACAAGCGAUGCAUGCGUUUAUUACAAAGAACAGAAGCUUUUGUCUAAAUAAUCAAAUCUCAGUGCGAGUUCUUCAGUAACUUUUUUUUUCUUCCCUUCCUUUUCAAAUUUACUGGUUCUGUUUGUGGACAUCAUGUUCACACCGAAUUAAGAGUAGGAAAUGUAGUACCAUUUCAAACUAGACUCAAUCUCUAUUCAAACCUCAUUUAUCGGAAUUUUCCCAUUUGAUGAAAGGAAUUUAUAGUUUGACGUUCAAAUAUAUGUUUUUUAUUAUC